UUGUCUGUAGAAUACACUUUCUACGCCUUACCAAGACUUCUUGAUCGAGUUAGCAGAGUUGGGGACAACGGACUAGAAUAGUCUAUCGAGUCGCUGAAUCAUUGAUCCUUCGUUUCGUUCGAGUAAGACGCAUCAGUAAUCGCAUUCAAGCAAUAACGAAACAUAACAAAUUGGAGACGGUGGUUUUUCGAUUAUGGACCCUAUCAAACUUGAACUGUUACUUGAGCAGCAGCUAAAAUUGAUGCAAAUGUUAAUGGAGACCAAGGUUACGCCUCCCUUACAGCCAAGCACGUCUAGUUCAACCACGGCACCAUCAGUAGAUGGCAUCGCAAAUAGCAUAGCUGAAUUUCAUUACGAUCCUGAUUCUAAUGUUACUUUUGAAAUGUGGUUCAGGCGUUAUGAUGAUCUAUUUAAAUUUGAUUUCGCCAAUCAAGAUGAUGCUUGGAAAGUGCGGCUGCUACUUCGUAAACUGGGUGCAAAUGAGCUGAACAAGUAUUGCAAUCUGAUCUUGCCGUUGAACCCAUGUGACCGAUCAUUUGCAGACACAGUUCAAACAUUAAUCCAACAUUUUGGCGAUAACUCGUCACUGUUUAAUACUCGUUAUCGUUGCUUGAAGCUAACUAUGAACGAAGAUGAUGAUUUUCUUACGCAUGUGGGCGUCGUCAACCGUGAAUGCGAACGCUUCCGGUUAAAGUCCUUGACUGAAGAUCAGUUUAAAGCCCUGAUCCUUAUUUGCAGCCUACAGCACCAAAAGUUCAGUGACUUAAGAACAAGGCUACUAAGUCGUUUGGAUCAAGAACCGAAACUCACCCUGAGUGAUAUAGCUAAUGAAUAUCAACGUCUCAUUAAUCUUCAACGAGACACUUCUAUGGUCCAGAGUGGUGGUUCUAGCCGAUUUGAAGUACGAGCGGUGCAACAGACACCUCACAAAAACAAACACGUCCCCGCUUCAUCCAGUCCAUCUCACUCCAGCUCUAGACGACAGACUAAAGCAACUCCUCCUGCUCCUUGCUGGCAAUGUGGUGCAUGGCACUACGUUCGAAACUGCCCAUUUAAACAACAUCGAUGCAAGAAGUGUAAGGUUAUCGGUCAUAAGGAUGGGUUUUGUCUGAGGAAGAAGACUCCAAGUCAAUCAAGAAAUACCAACAAGACCCGUCCUAGAUCCCGCACCAGUUCAUUGAGCUUAGUAUCUUCGUGUCAAAGCUCAUCACCAAGUCAGAGAAAAUUUAUUACUGUUAACAUUAAUGGGCAUUCAUCUAAAUUGCAAAUAGAUACAGCAUCAGAUGUCACUAUCCUCUCUCGUAAGACUUGGAUCAAAAUGGGCAGCCCAAACUUGCAGCAUACAACGCAAAAGCCUCGUACUGCGUGUGGUAAUUACCUUCACCUGCUAGGAAAAAUGGAAUGUACAGUUACCUUCCGUGAUUUGGCAUUUGUUGGGGUAUGCUACAUAACCCCAGCUGAUCUAAAUUUGCUCGGGUUCGAUUGGUUUUAUCACUUAAAUUUAGCUGAUGUCCCGUUGAAUACCAUAUGCAACCUGGUAUCACAACCACAACUGCGACAACAACCACAUGACUUCGAAUCAUAUACGAGCACCCUAAUGACACAGUUUUCAACUAUUUUCCAACCUGGAUUGGGUCGCUGCUCUGUCAUGAAAGCAACACUUCGGUUGAAAACUGGGGCUAAGCCUGUUUUUCGCCCAAAGAGACCUGUCCCUUAUGCAACAUUACAAACAGUAGAUGAAGAAUUGAACCGCCUUCAACAACAAGGAGUUAUCACUCCCGUUUCCUACUCUGCAUGGACAGCACCUAUCGUGAUUAUUAAGAAGGCCAACGGCACGAUACGUAUAUGUGCUGACCUUUCAACAGGUCUCAAUGCAGCUCUGGAACAACAUCAUUAUCCCUUGCCUGUUCCCACAGACCUAUUUACCAUGCUGAAUGGGGGAAGAUUUUUCGCUAAGCUGGAUCUAGCUGAUGCUUAUUUGCAAGUGGAAGUAGAAGAAGCAUCAAGAGAGCUGUUAACUAUCAAUACUCAUCGUGGUUUGUUCCAGUAUAACCGUCCACCUUUCGGAGUCAAAACUGCACCAUCUAUUUCCCAACAACUAAUGGAUACUAUCCUAUCAGGUAUCUCGGAAGUCGCGGCUUAUUUGGAUGACAUUAUAAUUGUAGCAACGACAUUAGAACAACUACGAGAACGCACGACAUUGGUACUGCAACGCAUCAGUGACAACGGGUUCCGGUUACGCCCAGAGAAAUGCCAGUUUCAUUUGCAGUCGGUAAAGUAUUUGGGGUUCAUUUUCGAUGCCGACGGCCGCAGGCCAGAUCCUGAGAAUAUCCGAGCUAUCAAACUGAUGCCCACUCCCACUAAUGUCUCGGCACUACGUUCCUUCCUGAAACUUGUCAGCUAUUACUCAGCGUUCGUUCCAUCGAUGCAUGAUAUUCGCGCUCCACUCAAUAGCUUACUGCAGAAGAACAGCUCUUGGAACUGGACGAAACAGUGUGACGCUGCCUUUUGUAAACUGAAGUCCAUUAUUAGUUCUGAAUUGCUGUUGACACACUACGAUCCAGCCAUGCCGAUCAUCGUAGCUGCAGACGCUUCAGCGAAUGGCCUAGGCGCUGUUAUCUCCCAUCAGUUUCCGGAUGCGUCGGAAAAAGCCAUUAUGCAUGCAGCCCGUACACUAACCCCAGCAGAAAAAAAAUACAGCCAGAUAGAAAAAGAAGCGCUUGCACUUGUGUUUGCUGUGCGCCGUUUCCACAAGUUCCUGUACGGUCGGAGAUUCACGCUUCUCACAGAUCACAAGCCUUUACUCGCAAUAUUCGGGUCGAAAUCUGGCAUUCCAGCUCAUUCAGCAAAUCGCCUUCAGAGAUGGGCUUUAGCACUCUUGUGGUAUGAUUUCGAGAUCCAGUACCGACGCACUCAACAAUUCGGUCAGGCGGAUGCCUUAUCACGACUCAUUAGUGACCAGUUGGCGGCUGAGGAAAACACGGUAAUUGCAUCUCUGCUAGCGGAAGACCACGCCGAAUGUUAUCUGACGACCGCAAUACGAACUUUGCCGGUAUCUGCAACGGACAUGCAAAAUGCUUCUAAGAGCGACUCCAUCAUCAAGAGAACUAUGAACUAUGUCACCAACGGUUGGCCGACUAAGAAGUUUGAUGGUGAUAUAAAACAGCUGUAUCAGCGGCGGGAUUCUCUAUGCAUUGUGAACGACUGCUUGAUGUUCGGAGAGAGAGUGGUUGUGCCAGAAUCCCUUCGUGCAAAAGUGCUGAAACAGUUCCACCUUGGUCAUCCGGGGGUUAGACGAAUGAAAUCCAUAGCCAGGAGUCAUGCGUAUUGGCCGCUAAUGGAUCAACAUAUAACAGAAUUGGUUGGGAAAUGUAUGCGGUGUCAGCAAGCGGCAAAAAUGAACGCCAAAGUUCCACCAGUUUCAUGGCCACAACCUGAUCAUCCUUGGUCCAGAAUACACGUCGACUUUGCAGGCCCGAUUAACGGAACCAUGUAUCUAGUUGUAGUCGACGCCCUUUCGAAAUGGCCUGAAAUCAACCCUAUCAUACCGCCAACGACAACUAAAACAAUACAGAUCCUCACAGAAAUUUUCUCCCGAAAUGGUAUACCAGAUGCUGUUGUAUCUGACAACGGUUCACAGUUCACCUCCAGCCAAUUCCAGUCAUUCUGUCAACGACUAGCCAUAAAGCACUUACGCUCGCCACCAUACCACCCGCAGUCGAAUGGGCAAGCAGAAAGGUUUGUGGAUACGUUUAAAAGAGCCUUGGCUAAAACAAAAGGAGAGGGGACGCCAGCAGACGCGUUGCAAAAUUUCUUAUACGUGUAUCGAACAACACCAAAUCAAACGUUGCCGGAGCGAAAGUCCCCAGCAGAGAUCCUAAUGGGAAGAAGACUGAAGACAAUCCACAGCCUGAUGCAUCCAAGUAAUGCACCGACACCAGUACGGACAAAGUUUGAAAAGCAAUCCACGUACGAAGUGGGAUGUCCGGUGUUUGCCCGUAAUUACAGACCGACCCAUAGUCCAUGGACAGAAGCGCGAGUGGUCAGAAGAGUUGGCCGAGUCAUGUACGAAGUUUAGGUAGGUAGUGAUAGGUGGCAACGCCAUCGGAAUCCGUUACGCAAACGGUUAGCCCCAGACCCCCCAUCAACAGAAUCAAAUAUUCCUCUUGACAUUCUGCUAGACAUAUUCAACUUACCGGCAACUCCACCACAAGAAAAACCUGAACAACAAACUGAAACACGUCCAAGACGGUGGCCUAUCCGAGAACGGCGAGCAACAGUCAGGAUGCAGGUUGACCCCAGGAAAGCCCGCUAUUAAAAAGGGGAGGAGUGUUGGGGACGAUAGAUCCCCAAACUCAUAUUUUUAAAUUUUAUCUUGUCGAUUAAAUGUUAGAUAUUUUUAUUGCGGUCAAUUGAUGAAUUAUCGAUUAAGUGCGCAAAUAGGUCAAUUGAUGAACUAUCGAUUAAAUGUACAAAUAGGUCAAUUGAUGAACUAUCGAAUAAAUGUUCAAAUAGCAGUCAAUUGUUGAUUAAUGUUCAAAAAUCUUCCAUGACUAUAUCGAUUGUAAAUAUUUGUAUAAAUACGCUUGAUUUGUGUGCUUGACUUGUUAUCUGCUGUUUGUCUGUAGAAUACACUUUCUACGCCUUACCAAGACUUCUUGAUCGAGUUAGCAGAGUUGGGGACAACGGACCAGAAUAGUCUAUCGAGUCGCUGAAUCAUUGAUCCUUCGUUUCGUUCGAGUAAGACGCAUCAGUAAUCGCAUUCAAGCAAUAACGAAACAUAACAUUCGCGACCGACCUCCUGUAGGACUGAGAUUUAAUCACAAUUGAUUGAUCACUACGUGGCGAUCAAUGUCACCUAGACUGGUGGCCACAUUGCAAUAUGGUUGAUAUCAUUGGGUCUGCACUAAUGAGGACUUGACACACAUAACAUUGAUCACCACCCAGUGAUCAAUCAAUUGUAAUUAUGAAUGUUGUUUGCCUAAGUCAAUCUUUUACAGUCUCUCCUAUAAAUCUCCAGAGAAAGUCAAUAACGAAAAGAGGACAAGAUUGGUAUUGUAUCAAGUAUCUUUAAAAUGAAAGUUAAGAGCACCUCAUUGUCAUAGUAUUAAAUUAUACUAUCCAUUUAUCUACCUUAAAUAAGAUACAGGUGUUUAUUAACAGUUGUCUAAGCAUAAUACAUCGGGUCCGUUGGCCAGACACUAUCAGCAACAACCUAAUGUGGAAGAGGACAAACAACAUCUCAGCUGAGGAAGAAAUCAGGAAGAAGUACUGGAAGUGGAUAAGAUUCACAUUGAGGAAAGCACCCAAUUGCGUCACAAGGCAAGCCCUCAAUGCCAAAAAAGGAGAGGAAGACCAAAGAACAACCUACUCCGAGAAAUGUUGACAGACAUGAGAAGAAUGAACAACAAUUGGAUAAGACUGGAUCUCGGCGUUGAUAUUCACUCUUGGACUCGAACUCAGUACCGU